AUGAAGAUCACCAAGAAGCUCAAAAAGUUUGAACACAUCGUUUGGUUUGCCUUGAUCUGUCUCACCGGGAAUGCGACGGAUCUGUUUCUCAAUCAAUAUCCUAUCGUCUGGGCACGAGCGUCAUGGGGCAACAUGAAGCAACUCUGCGAACACGUCCAAGGACCAGCAUUUCAAAAAUCGAUUCGUGAGCAAGGGGAGAGGAUUCUGCAGUUUGAGCGUCUUCUUGAAACCAAAAUGAGCAAAAAAUAUGCUCCAGACGAAGAAGAAGAGGCAAGAAUCGCAUUCAAACACGACCAACAACGUCUAACAAGUGAACAAGAACAUCUUGACAAUGCGGAAGGAUUGGACAGCCGCUGCCAAAAGAUGGUUGUUUCAUUCGAACGACUUUUCGUCAGGCGCUGCGAAGAAUAUAACCACAGUAAUUACUUCUUCGUAUGCUUGUCUAUUGUUGGAUGUUUUUGGUGCGUGGCAUUUCUUCACUCCAACCCGAAGCCGAAUUUUGAGACCUUCAAGAGCAUCAAGUUUACAUCUGCGACUUUUUGCGCGAUACUUGUUGCCACUGGAAACACCUGGAAAUUUGUCUAUAUCAUUGUUCUCUGGGUUGAAGCAGGAGACGGUCUGGUAGCCAAAGUAAACCCUUACCAAGAAGAAGUGGAAUACGGCAAGCACCCCGCGCCCGAAGAAAUCGAAGUGAACUGCAAACUCGACUACAUACGGUUCAACGCGUAUAUCCACGGGGUAACAGCCAUUAGUUCGCUUAUGAUUCUCUCGGCGUUUAUGUACAUGCUUUUUAAAACAGCUAAAAUAUACAGCAAGAACACGGAUUUGGAGAAAGCGCCCAAGAACAGUCGUAAGGAGGAAAUCGAGAAGAUUGAGCACGAGAAAACAGUGAAGGAAGCGAAAAAAGCAUCUAAGACCCCAAAAGCUGGAGAAAAGAUAGUCAAACAGAACGAUGAUAAGAAGAAUGAAAGUGGAUGGAACUCAGGAAGUAACUCACAAAACGACAACAACGAAAGCACUCAAAACAACUCUCACGACUGGUAG